GAGAGAGAGAGAGAGGGAGGGAGAGACCUCUCUCCUAGUUGGGAAGCUCAUGGGCGGAUGAAUGUGCUCUCUCUGCUAGGAUUCUCUUAUAAAGGCUUUCUGCUUUUGUCUCUAUCUUUACCUCUCCUUUUCACAGAUGCUCUUCUAGGCGGUUUUAGGUGCAGUAUCUAUACACACAGCUUCCAUAUUCACACGUUCUGUAUAAAGGGACAUCGCCAUUCUGCAUCUUCUUCACUGCAACAUUGCAUUAGCUAGCCGGGGUGCUUCCAACUCUUUGCAAGAGGCAAAAUGAGCUAUGCACAUUCUCAAAUGGGCUCCGGUAGUAGAACUGCUAGAAGAAGUUUUGAGUUUGGGAAGACCCAUGUGGUGAGGCCCAGAGGAAAACACCAAGCUACUAUUGUUUGGCUGCAUGGUCUUGGUGAUAAUGGUUUGAGCUCAUCUCAACUCGUGGAAUCCCUUCGACUCCCAAAUGUAAAAUGGAUUUGCCCUACCGCUCCAACACGUCCUGUGGCAGUACUUGGGGGUUUUCCUUGCACUGCAUGGUUUGAUGUUGGAGAACUCUCAGAGGAAAGUCCAGAUGAUUGGGAAGGAUUAGAUGCCUCAGCUGCACAUAUUGCCAACUUGUUGUCAACGGAGCCAGCUGAUGUGAAAGUUGGGAUUGGAGGCUUCAGCAUGGGUGCAGCAACAGCCAUAUAUUCUGCUACUUGUUUUGCUAUGGGUAGGUAUUCAAAUGGCAUCCCAUAUCCUGUUAACAUCAGAGCAGUUGUUGGACUAAGCGGCUGGCUUCCAGGAUCAAGGAGCCUAAGGAACAGGAUUGAAGUGUCACAUGAAGCCAGAAGGCGAGCUGCUUCAUUACCCAUUUUGCUGUGCCAUGGAAACAAUGACGACGUAGUCCUGUACAAACAUGGAGAGAAAUCAGCUCAAACCCUAAUUUCAGCCGGAUUUCAGUACAUUACAUUCAAGUGCUAUGAUGGUAUUGGUCAUUACACAGUUCCCAGAGAGAUGGAUGAGGUCUGUAAUUUGCUUAGCUCAAGGCUUGGGCUUGAUGGAACCCCAUAAAUGGGAUGAUCAGUAUCAAUGGGGGUAUGGAGGAAGAAAAGGAGGAGAGACAGAGGCACAUGAUAAGCGAGUAGGUAGAUUCGUCAGUGAAGGGUUCAUGGGUAAAUAGGGUAUAGGAGAUUUAAUUUUCUGAAUGUGCUUUUUGGCGUAUUACUCUAUUAUAUCAUAUUUUAUUGAAUUACCCCUAGAGACUCAGCUAGUUGUACUAUUAGAGCGUUCUUUUUUUUUUUUUUGCCUUUUAAGUUUUGAUUAUUGUAACAAUACAGAGGCUUGGCCUGCUUAUCUAUGAGGUUUACUCUGAAUGGUGGGAGUAAAUAAAGUUUCUGGCUUAUCAAAC